UUAUUUAACAUAGCCGACAAGGCGGCAGUCGCUCAGUCGCCCACCGACCGUAACAGAGUAUUCGUAUUUCUAAGUUAACAUAUCGGUGAACCGGCGGCGGAACACGCUACGAUUCCGGAGGGAGCAUCCACUCGCACAGUGAAAAGUGACAGUAACACAUCGUCAUGGUUUUCUUGAUCUUCACGCUGGGUUUCUUAUUGUCACCGAAUCUAGUUGCCGGCAACUUCAGCUACGAUGGCACCAAUGGUCCGUCACACUGGGGCAAAGAAUACAAGACGUGUUUAGGGAAAUACCAGUCGCCGAUCGACAUUGAAGAAAAAGAUGUAACAACAAUGACUUUUCCAGAACUGCAAUUUUCUGGCGUCGAAGGUUCCCAUAAGGCUUAUAUGACAAACAAUGGCCAUACAGUGAUGAUCCAGAGUUUCGAUUCCAACGUCCCCUCGAUAUCGGGAGGGCCUAUCAACAGCACGUACGUGUUCCAACAACUGCAUUUCCAUUGGGGUCCAAAUGAUAAUCAAGGAUCCGAGGAUCUGAUCAACAAUCAUUCGUUUUCUAUGGAACUGCACGUGGUCCUUUGGAAGAAGGAAUACGGCUCGUAUGACGAGGCUAUAAAGCGAGAUGAUGGACUCACUGUGCUCGGAUAUUUGUACCAGGCCACGGAUGAACCGAAUCCAAUGUUCGAAUCGAUCGUGCAGCAAAUACCGGAUAUAGUCGGAGUUGGCAGCAACAUAACAAUAAGUGAUAACAACGUUCUAAAGAAAUUGGUCGCGCCUGACAUUGCAUCAGCGCAAAAUUAUUUCACGUAUAGAGGAUCACUGACCACACCUCCCUGCCUCGAGAUCGUUCAAUGGAUCGACUUCGUGAAACCUCAACAUAUUUCCCACGAACAGCUGGCUGCAUUCCGCAGUAUUCAAUCCGCUGAUGGCACGAAUUUAACGCAUAAUUUCCGUCCAGUACAACCAUUAGACGGCAGAACGGUCUAUCGUAACAUCGCUGGUGCGGAACCUUCCACAAUUUCGCCAGUUUUUAAACAAACUCCUUCUACUGCUUCUGUUCCUGCAUCUUCUCCCGCCAAGAAGCAGGAAACUAUAAAUAAUGAUGUUACAGAGAGUCCUAUGGAUAACAAUAAAAAUGGUGAAAAUUCUGCAUCAAGCAUGUGGCCUGUAACACCAUUUGCAGUGAUACUUGGAGUCAUAUUUCUGUUACCAUAUCAAUAAUACAAGAUCUAGUCAACCAAUUUGACUAUCGUGUAAUUCAAAGUGAUCCAACAUAAGUAUUUAUAUAAUACGUUUUCUUAUGACAAAGAUAUUAUUUAUAUUUUUCGAAGCAUUUCUAUUCAAAGAUUUUAUUGUUUGAGAUACUUAUUUCUAGAAGAGUAGAAAUCAAUGUUUUCGUUUUCGUCGAUUACAUGUAUAUUACCAUGUAAUUUUUAAACAAUGUACAUAAAUAUUUAAGGAAUGUAUUUUUACACUGACUGAUUAUAAGCACUACAUGCACAAAUGUUAUCCUAUAGUCAUUUUUUUCACAGUGUGACAAUUGAAGCAGUAGAAGUAGAAAAGAAACAAUAAUGAAAUUUAAAUGUGAAGUAUUCUCUAAGUUGGAGCCUACCAAAAAUUUUAACAUAUAUUUAUUCAACAGUUCCUACUGCUGCCAUGAUAAUAUACAUAUAAUUUAUUUAAUCUUGUAGAUAAUAAGUUCUCUUCACGAAUGUAACUAUGAAAUGUAUUGUAUUGAAAUCUUUGUGAUUUAGAUGAUAAUAAAUAUUAAUAUACUUUA